GUGACUGGAGAAAACAAAAGAUAACAACAGAGAUGGCAACCACAGACAGUGUUAUCCCCAAGGCUGACCAGCCAGCAACUGUAAGCAAGAAAACGGAAAAGCUCCCGAAGCUUCCCACUCCUGCCCAAGUUCUCCUGAAGCUCUUCAUCCAUAGUGUUGCCAUGUUCACGCUACCCAUUGCCACAUACUACCUGAGCAAGAACUAUGUGGAAGAGGAGCAUGGGGUCCAGCCGCCCCAGAGCUACAUUUAUGCAGCAAUCGCAGCAGUUGUAGUGAUCCAGGCCGUGAUAUUCUGCUACGUGUACCAGGCCUUUAAAGAAGAGCAGCUCGAGAGAAAGGUCAAGGCAGCCAGUAAACAGGACUGAAGUUGCAAGUCUUCUUGAUUUUUUUUUUGUCUGAGGAAGAGCAAACAGUAGUUCUAUUCUGACUAACCUUUUAGUAGCAUUGCAUCACAUGUGUCGGAAAAAGAUUUAUAAGAAGGCUUUCUCUUUUUUCUUUGGAUAGCACAAAACUAGUAUAGACUUUGGGUCUCAUAUUUCCGUAAUAUUUAGAAAUGUUUACAAACAUUCCGAGUACCUAAUAGUUUAAGAAGAGAGAUGCCAAAGACUAUUAAGAUUUUGAAAUUUCUGAAGAGGUUAGACAAAAUUUAGAACGCUGUACCAGGUAUGAUAGUGUGUAUAUAUAUAUUCUUAUUGUUAGUGUUGUACUAAUUCCUUUAGAUUUAUAUUAUAUGAAGUAAGAAUUUAAA